CUCAACGACACGCGGAGGAGGGGACAACCGACUAACAACAAACAACAACGGGUAACUGCAGCAUCCAUCCGCGUCUCGCAGGCGGACCAGACACUCACUGCUCGGUCUAAACAAGGACUAAUUCACCGCGAGCAGCACAGCGGACGCUGAUCUCCUCUUUGCACGCGCCGUGUUUUGCUGAUGUUGAUUUAAUUCACGUUCCGGGCGAUUGUUGACUUUACACAUCGGCUCAAGAUGACGAGUUACAAGGCGUUCCAUGCUCAGUUGACGUCCAUCAUGGAGGCACUGGCCAAAGCGGCCGUGGCGGAGAUCUGCGAGCUGGUGGAUGAGAGCUACGCCGUGUUGCAGCUGGAGAUCAACCGGAGCCACAAGGAGAACGAGGCGCUGAGGAGGAAGCUGGAGAUGAUCGAGACCAUCAUCGCCCGGGGACACCGGGGCAGCAUCGCGAUGCUGGAUUACGGCGAGCCGGUGGUAGAGGCCGGCGGGGGGCUGAUGGAUUUCACUGUCGAAUGUGCCUUACCAACUGCAGGGGCUGUCAAACAGCCGAAAGCCUCGGGUCUCAAAAGGCAUGGACGGGUUCCCGCUUUAGAGGCGGCGACAGACGUGAAACCUGUGACUAAAGAGGACACUGUGACAGCUGCCCAGGAGGCAAAUGAUCAGGAUGUAGUUCUGAUAAAGGAUGAAAUGGCAAAAGAGGAGGUGAAUGACAAUGACGCCACAAACGAGCUGCUUCUCAAUGAGGACGGGACAGAAGUGCAACCGUCAGAGGAGGGGCCCUCUGGGAUCAUGAUCUCCCCCUCAGCGGCUGACAUGAGGCUGUGGGAUCAGAGCAGCGACGGACUGUCGGAGCGAGUCGAGCAUCAAGACUCCCACAGUGCACCGGGGUCCCCGGGUCAUGUGGGGACCGCUGAGAGCAGCUCGUCAGAUGUCAUGUUUGAUUUGGCGUCAGAGUCGGACUGUGAAGCUCCGUCCUCAGCCCCCAUGAGAAAGCAGUUCCUCCUGGGGUCUGGGGGAAGUCCGACCUCCCUGCCGGGGACCUCUGAGCUGAAGCGGGGAGUGUCUCUGAUCAGCUCCCUCCCCUACGACACAGAUCUGGAUCUCUGUUCCUCAUGGACCACUCAGGGUCUGCCCAGCAUGGUGCCCGUGCCUCAACGGCCGUAUCUCAAACCGGACCACCGGCCAUCGCUCCUGGACAAGGUCUCCGACUUGAACGCUGCAGGUUUCCCCUUGGCGCUGGGCCUCGGCGGCUCCAGACUAGACCCUCAUGAACUGAACAGAUACUGCAGGGACAGGCGCUUCGUCUGCAGCUACUGCGGGAAAUGUUUCACAUCGUCUCGGAGCCUGGAGACACACGUGCGCGUGCACACGGGCGAGCGGCCGUACAGCUGCGCUCAAUGCGGGAAGCGCUUCACGCAGUCGGGUCACCUGAAGACGCACCAGAGCGUCCACACCGGGGAGCGGCCGUUCGCCUGCGAGCACUGUGGGAAGAGAUUCGCCGGGAAGCAGAACCUGAGGAUCCAUCAGCAGAAACACCACCCGGCCGAGCAGGGAGCAGGAAGCUCCACACACGAACACGAGGAGUCUGAGCCCGGCCCGGUUUCCUCUCGAGCAGCGGGAAUGGCCGUUUUGACCAGCAAGGCGCUCCACGAGCAGCUGUCUAUCAUCAUGGGCGCGCUGACCAAAGCGGCGGUGGCGGAGAUCUGCGAGGUGGUGGACGAGGGCUACGCGGUCCUGCAGAUGGAGAUCACCCGGAGCCACAAGGAGAACGAGGACCUGAAGAAGAAGCUGCACCUCAUUGAGUCCAUCGUAGUCCGGGGGAGCGGCGGGGGAAAGGCCGAGCUGGAGGUCGUAGUGGCUGCACAGCAAGCGGAACUCCCGCAGCAGCAGCAGGAGGAGGGGGACGGUGACGGAGGAGACGGAGGAGCUGCGGUGGUGGUGCGGGAGGAGCUUCCUGAGGUGGUGCUGAUCAAAGAUGAAGACUCGGACAGUAAUGACACCUUUGAGGAAGAUCACCAAACCUCUGCUGAUGGAGGGACGGCUGCAGCCAGAGAGACCGUCACGUCUCCCAUCAGCCGGAGUAUGAAGAGACACUGGCCGGGAAACGAUGAGGCUGAGAAGAAGUCGUCCUCCGAGCAGGUCAUGCUGAAAACAUCCAAGCUGACCACAGGGACGCAGAAGAAGAGCGUGUCCGUCUACACUCUGGACUCUCCUCGCAGCGAGCCGGGCUGCUCCGCUCAGCUCGGUGGCAGCGAUGAGGUGGAGGCCAGCGAGUCGGUUUGUUCCUACUCCUCACAGCUGGACCCAGACAUCCAUCUGGUCCACCAGGAUUGCUCGCUGGUUUCUCCGAACAGACAGACUUACUUUGGCGCCAGCUCUCUGAUGGAGUCUCAGUCUCCUUCAAACAGAGCAGAAAUGGAUCUCAGUCUCACAUGGACCAAACAGUCAAAAAGUCAGAUGUCUUUUGCUCAGUUUCACCAAAACGAAAACAUGGACGGUGACGCUUUCGGGCUCAAGCUGAUCAGCGUGUCGGGCUCGACCUCCACGGACUGCCAGCUGUCCGAGAGCAGCAACUCGGCGUUUGAGUACGAGGACGCCGACAUGAUGAACUUCGCCCUCUACAGGGACCAGUCGGGCCGGUCUCAGCUCUGUAACGGGCAGCCGGGCGCCGGCGCCCGAGGGAAACGCUUCAUAUGCUCCAUCUGCAACAAGACGUAUGCCACAUCUCAGAACCUUGAUGUUCACAUGCGGAUCCACACGGGCGAGAGGCCGUUCAGCUGCAGCCAGUGUGGCAAGAAGUUCACCCAGUCGGCUCACCUGAAGUCGCACCUGAGCGUGCACUCCGGAGAACGGCCGUACGCCUGCACGCUCUGCUCCAGGAGCUUCAUCGUCAAAUACAGCCUCAAGUUACACAUGAAGAAAUGUCACCCAAACCUGGCCUCCAUAAUGGAGGUGCUGGCCAACACGGCGGUGGCGGAGAUUUGUGAGCUCGUGGACAGCGGAUACUCGGUGCUGCAGCUGGAGAUCUCGCGGAGCCGCAAAGAGAACGAGGUCCUGCGAAGAAAACUGCGGCUCAUGGAGCUCCGCGCCGCUCGCGCCACCGCACUGCGAGCCGCGGCCACAGGCAGCGGCACCGCGCUGCUGCAUGCGAGCGGCCGGGCUCGAGCUCAGCUGCCCGCUCAUCACCCGGGCAACGACCCGAGGAGGAAUCGAACACCUGCAGGUGAGCCGGUGCUGUCCAGAGUGCCCCUCCAGGAGCUGCCUCAGUGCGUAGACCCCAAGCCGCCCUCUGACUCUGUACCAGAAACAACACAGCCUGCUGCAGGUGAGUCAGCCAACCUGACAACCACAGUGAUCAAAGUGGAGGACGAUGACGAGUCCUGGUCCCAGUCUGAGCAGGACAAGAGUUUCUCUCGUGUUGUUGAAGGACAGACGACUGAGACAGAAGCUCCACCCACGGUGACCAAACAGGAAACAGUAGAUGAAGGCGGCGAUUCAUCACGAUCCUGGAUGAGUGGGGAAGUCAGUUCCACUUCUGUGUCCGUCCACAAAACCCUGAACACCAGCCAGAGGUCGGACACCAGCAGUUACGAAUGUCUGAUGUAUGAGCCGCAGCUCCAGCACGGUUCCCUCCCUACCCAGAAUCCUCUGAGCGAUGAUCCCUGCUGCUCGUACGUGUUGAAUGCCAGUGUGUUAAGUGUUUCAGCUGAUUCAGGCAGCAGCAACAGCAGCAGCAGCUUCCCUUUCACCGUCAGUGAGGUGAGUCUGUCUGCAGCAGAGCACCAGCAGCCUGCAACGUUCACAGACAACCAGCAGAGGGCGCCACCUGCUCCAGAUGAGCCUCAGCAUCCAGUGAGGAAAGAGGUGACAGGAAGACAAAAUGCUUUCACCAGGAGGGACGGGUGGAGACAUCAGGAUGGAGUCAACAGAGCCGCCAACCACAGCAGAGAGGAUGGCGGCGGGAAAUCGUUUGUCUGUAACUGUUGCGGCAAAACUCUGGCCUGCCUGAAGAACCUGAAGACCCACAUGAGGGUUCACACGGGCGAGAAGCCGUUCGUCUGCGUGCUCUGUGGCAAACGCUUCUCCGACUCCAGCAACCUGAAACGCCACCAGAGCGUCCACACCGGGGAGAAACGCUACGGCUGUGUGCACUGCGGCAAACGCUUCGCCCAGUCAGGAUCCCUGAAGGUCCACAUGACAGUCCACACGGACUGUAAACAGUUCAGGUGUUCAUACUGUGGCAAGACGUUUAUAUCAGGCAGCCACCUGCGGCGGCACAUCACAGUCCACGCAGCGGAGAAACGAUUCACUCCCACUGUACAGUGACAGUGCCGACAAAGCUUCAGGGGUCAGA